AUGACUCGAGCUGCCGAGGAACCAACUCAACACACAAAACCAGCGCCAACCACACCCACAGCAUACAACCCAACAGCACAAUGCCCGUCCUGCUUUCACCCAGAUGAAAAGCCUUCACGUCCAGGGCUUCGAAGCCUCGAACCCGAACUCGAACUGCCCGCAAUGCUCCCACCGCCUACGCUGAGCUUCACUAUCCCGUCGAUUCAUGACAAUCUUGUUCUCCAAUGCCGAGUCUACCAUCCUAAGUGUCUGGCUCCAGAUUCCGUCUCGCAGAUUGAGACCUGGCGCAAGAAAGCCGCUAUCAUUGCGCACCCGUACGCGCCACUUGGCGGUAGCUACGAUGACCCUGUUGUUGACUUGAUAGCGGGAACCAUCCUCCAACAGGGCUUUUGCGUCGGUACAUUCAACUUCAGAGGAGCAGGUUCCUCCAAAGGGCGGACAUCGUGGCAGUCAAAAGCCGAGCAGAAUGAUUACAUGUCCUUCAUUGGAUUCAUGAUCUACUACAUGCAUCAUCUCUCCGGGCCUCGAUUAUCUCCAUCGCCAAUAGACCAGCCUGUAUUCUCGCGCUCUGAUUCCGAACUCCCUGAUUUAUCUCCCAUUCCCUCACAAACUGUCCCUCCUCCACAUACUAGCGAUCCUCGGUAUAAUACAACCACGCCCGGCCGGCCAGGCGUGCUAGGCAAUGGGAAUAUCGAUGGACAUUAUCUCCGCUGUCGGCUGCUGCUCGGGGGCUACUCAUACGGUGCUAUGGUGACUUCUUGCCUCCCAGCUAUAAUGAACUCGUUCCUCGAACCAUUCCAGAACCCGUCACCAGGUUCAGCCUUUGCCGAGAUCCGUCUCAGGGCUGAAUUUCUUGCCCUCCAGCAAAAUGAGGUGAUACAAGCCCAUAUAUCAUCACUUCUCCAGUCCUAUGGCCAUAGAUCCGGGCGAAACAUACAUUUAAAUGGUCUCCAUAGUCCCAGAAGCCGAAAAUCUACCAGUGGAGUCAGAGUGGGGGGUGAAGAAGAUUUAAGAAGAGCCAGCCAUGACUCCUAUCGGUCCCGAAGCUCAUUUACCAUCGAGACACAAGAACGGGUCAGGAAAAGUGUAGAUCGUGUGCGGUCUUUGACUAAAAGAGUGCACCUUUCUCAAGAUAGGGGAGACAGUGACGGAGCCUUUGCGUCUCCCCACGAAAAUGGACCGCGUAAAUCGGACAGUUCUGGGGACGAAGAAGCAACAAAAUCAACGGCUGGUGAUGAGGAAACCACAACGAAGGAAGAAAAAUCUAUAAUAGAGAUUCCUGGAAUUGCAGACGAAUUCCAGCCAGCAUAUUUAUUAGUAUCGCCUUUGCAAGGCAUGAUUAACAAUCUAGCGACUAUGUGGAGCGGCAAACCCUUAAAAGAGCGACGUUCUAUACAUGAGAACGAGAUCAAAUUCACGAUCGAUCCAACACUAGCACUUUUCGGUGAUGACGAUGUCUUUGUCAGUGUCAAGCGGCUACGGAGCUGGGUUGAGAAGCUGAUGAAAUCUGGGAAGGGUGGAGAUGGCGGCCAUUUCCGGUAUAGAGAAGUUGCCAAUGCAGGCCAUUUUUGGCACGACCAUGAUGCUAGCAAGAUUCUUGAAGAAGAGGUCAGGAGCUUUGUAUGUACUCUAUGA